GAUGUAUUCUCCUAACAAUGGUGCCAGACACCUGUCAAAUCCGUUCACCGACUCGAGCAACCUCAUCGACCUCGAUGCCGGCAGUCUGAACAUCCAGGAUGCUGACACAAAUCCAUACGACCGUGUUCCAGCGCGAUCUGAGCUGUAUGACCCAUUUCAAGACCAUUUUGUGGUUGAUGAUGAUGCUAGUUUUGAGGUUGACAACACUCACCACAAUGGACCGUACGACGCCAGUGCAGAUACCAGCGCUCGGAGUGGCCCGUUGAUGGGCUCGACACCCGCCCAGAAGAACCGUCUCUUGUCUGGGUUUCGAAAUCCAAAUGCCAAUAAUAACGGAUACGUGGGCAUGGAAAAUCCGUUUGCUGACACUGCUACAGCUGCCAAACCCAAGAUCAACGAUACUCAGGAGGCUUCAGACUUUGACAUUCGUCGUAUCUUCCGCCGGAUGAAAAAUACCGUUACCGGUAAAUCACACAAAAACCUUGAAGAAGACUCUCACGAACACAAGCCACCGAGACAUAUACAUAUCAUGAGCCACAGCGCCAACUCAUCGGCUGGCUACUACGGUAACUACAUUUCCACCACCAAGUACAACUUCGCCACCUUUUUGCCCAAGUUUUUGUUUGAACAGUUCAGCAAGUAUGCUAACUUGUUCUUUCUCUUCACAUCGAUUAUUCAGCAGGUACCCGAUGUUUCACCCACCAACAGGUACACCACCAUAGGAACAUUACUUGUGGUAUUAUUGGUGUCUGCCAUCAAGGAAAUCAUGGAAGAUGUAAAGAGGAAUCGAGCUGAUAACGAGUUGAAUAACACAAAGGUGUUUGUGCUUGAUGCAGCCAAUGGCGACUUUGUUGCCAAAAAGUGGAUCAAAGUGCAAGUCGGUGAUAUCGUCAAGGUGCUCAACGAAGAAUCGUUUCCCGCAGAUUUGUUGCUCUUGAGUUCUUCUGAACCAGAAGGAUUGUGCUACAUUGAGACUGCCAAUUUGGACGGGGAAACCAACUUGAAAAUCAAACAGUCCAGGCCAGAAACUUCAUAUUUGGUCAAUCCUCGAUUUCUUGUCAGCGAUUUGUCGAAGGCAGAAAUCAUAUCCGAACAGCCCAAUUCAUCUUUGUACACUUACGAAGGAAACCUUCAAGGUUUUGGGUCCACUAGGAGUAUCCCUAUGACUCCCGAGCAAUUGCUUUUGAGAGGAGCUACGUUGAGAAACACACAAUGGAUUCAUGGAGUGGUGGUUUUCACGGGCCAUGAGACAAAGUUAAUGAGAAACGCCACGGCCACUCCCAUCAAGAGAACUGACGUCGAGAGAAUCAUCAACAUCCAAAUCAUUGUGUUGUUUUGUCUUUUGAUUGUUUUGUCAUUGAUUUCGUCAGUGGGUAACGUCAUCAAGACACAGGUGAAUCGAAGUUCGCUAAGUUAUAUACACCUCGAGGGAACUAACAUAGCUGCGUUGUUCUUCAAGGACAUUUUGACUUAUUGGAUCUUGUUCUCCAACUUGGUUCCAAUUUCUUUGUUUGUGACGGUAGAGAUCAUCAAAUACUACCAGGCCUACAUGAUCGGUAGUGAUUUGGACAUGUACCAUGAAGAAACAGAUACUCCUACCAAUGUGAGAACAUCGUCACUUGUUGAGGAGCUCGGUCAAAUUGACUACAUUUUCAGUGACAAGACUGGUACUUUGACCAGAAACAUCAUGGAAUUCAAAACCUGUACCAUUGGUGGAAGGUGUUAUAUUGAGGACAUACCUGAAGAUGGUCAUGUUCAAGUUAUAGAUGGAAUUGAGAUCGGUUACCAUACUUUCGAUGAUUUGAAACAAGAUUUGAAUAAUACUUCCAGCCAACAGUCUGCAAUCAUCAACGAGUUUUUCACCCUCUUGAGUGCGUGCCAUACCGUCAUCCCCGAAGUGAACGAAGUGACGGGUGAAAUUAAGUAUCAAGCUGCAUCUCCUGACGAAGGAGCCUUGGUUUCGGGAGCUGCUUCCUUGGGAUAUAAAUUCAUUAUCAGAAGACCAAAAAGCAUCACCAUCGAGAAUACCUUGACGGGUAUCCAACUGGAAUAUGAUUUAUUGAACAUCUGUGAAUUCAAUUCCACCAGAAAGAGAAUGUCUGCCAUCUUCAGAUGUCCUGAUGGUGUGAUUAGACUUUUCUGUAAAGGAGCCGAUACUGUGAUCUUGGAAAGACUUUCUGAUAUUGAAGAACAACCGUUUGUCAAUGCCACAUUGCGCCACAUGGAAGAGUUUGCUGCUGAAGGCUUAAGAACUUUGUGUAUUGCCUCGAAGAUUGUUUCUGAAGACGAAUACCAAGCGUGGUCCGCUAGGUACUACGAGGCUUCUACCUCAUUGGAAGACAGACAAGACAAAUUGGAUGAAGUUGCCGAUUCAAUUGAAGGUGGGUUGUUCCUUUUGGGAGCAACUGCCAUCGAAGACAAGUUACAAGAUGGUGUUCCUGAAACCAUCCAGACAUUACAAACAGCCGGUAUCAAGGUUUGGGUCUUGACCGGGGAUAGACAAGAAACUGCUAUCAACAUUGGUAUGUCAUGUAAGCUUUUAAGUGAAGACAUGAACCUACUUAUCAUCAACGAAGACACAAAGCAAGAAACCCGGAUGAAUUUGCAAGAAAAAUUGGACGCAAUUCUUCAACAUGGCGGAGAUACUGACAAUAAUGCCCUAGACUCUUCUUUGGCACUCAUCAUUGACGGCCAUUCUCUUAAGUUUGCAUUGGAGACAGAUUUAGAGGAUUUGUUCAUUGAAUUGGCUUCUAGAUGUAAGGCAGUUGUAUGUUGUCGUGUUUCCCCAUUGCAAAAAGCUUUGGUGGUCAAGAUGGUGAAGCGUAAGAAAAAAGGAUCAUUACUCUUGGCCAUCGGAGAUGGAGCCAACGACGUUUCCAUGAUUCAAGCGGCCCACGUCGGUGUGGGUAUAAGUGGAAUGGAAGGUAUGCAAGCUGCUAGAAGUGCCGAUAUUUCAAUUGGCCAGUUUAAAUACUUGAAAAAGCUUCUUCUAGUGCAUGGCUCGUGGUCGUAUCAACGUAUAUCCAAUGCUAUCUUAUACUCGUUCUACAAAAACAUGUGUUUGUACAUGACGCAGUUUUGGUACGUGUUUGCCAAUGCUUAUUCGGGCCAAUCGAUUGUGGAAUCAUGGACUUUGACCUUCUAUAACGUUUUCUUCACAGUGUUGCCUCCUUUCGUAUUGGGGGUGUUUGACCAAUUCGUUAAUGCCAGACUACUCGAUAGGUACCCCCAGUUGUACCAAUUGGGACAGAGCCGAAAGUUUUUCAAUGUGACGGUAUUCUGGGGCUGGAUCAUCAACGGCUUCUAUCACUCAGCUGUGAUCUUUGUAUGUCUUUACUUCAUCUACCACCAUGGAGACCAGCUCUCCAGUGGAUUGGUGGUGAACAACUGGUCAUGGGGGACAGCUUUAUUCACCACUUGCACUCUUACAGCCUUAGGUAAGGCAGCACUUGUGGUGACGAUGUGGACCAAAUUCACCUUGGUGGCCAUUCCAGGUUCCUUUGUGUUAUGGCUAGUGUUUUUCCCAGCGUAUGCCACCAUUGCCCCGUUGAUCAAUGUGUCGCAAGAGUAUAGAGGGGUGUUGAAUGCAACAUACCCAUCGUUGACGUUCUGGGCUACUGUGUUUUGUGUACCUGUGUUAUGUCUUCUCCGGGACUUUACCUGGAAGUUUUACAAACGGAGGAAUAACCCUGAAUCGUAUCACUACGUUCAGGAGAUGCAAAAAUACAACAUCCAAGAUCACCGUCCUAGAAUGGAACAGUUCCAAAAGGCUAUCAGAAAAGUCAGACAGGUGCAAAGAAUUAAGAAACAAAGAGGGUUUGCGUUUUCCCAGGUCGACGACCAGAAUCAGGAAAAGAUCAUUCGGUUGUACGAUACCACCAAGAAAAGAGGUGUUUUCGGAGAAUUGCUGGAGAGUACUUGAUAGCUUGUAUAUGAAUAUAACGGUUUGACCCCCGGGCACGA